CUCUCGGGCCGGCGCACGGCCGGCGUCUGGGUUGCUUGGUGGCUGCCGCGCGUCCGCGCUCGCUCGUGGUUCUGGUGCCGCGCUGUGCGGCCGCGCGCCUGGUCGGCGGCCAUGUGUUCGCUGGCGGCGGGGAAUGGCCAAGGCGCCGAGCUGGGGCCGGAGCCCCCGGAGCUGUCGGACAGCGGAGACGACGCCGGCUGGGAGGACGAGGAUGCUGAGCCCGCGCACGGCCGGCAGCACACGCCCUGCCUGUUCUGUGACAGGUUGUUCACUUCUGCUGAGGAAACAUUUUCACACUGUAAGUUGGAGCAUCAAUUUAAUAUUGAUAGUAUGGUCCAUAAACAUGGACUUGAAUUUUAUGGAUACAUUAAACUAAUAAAUUUUAUUAGACUUAAGAAUCCUACGGUUGAGUAUAUGAAUUCCAUAUACAGCCCCGUGCCUUGGGAGAAGGAUGAGUACCUGAAGCCAGUGCUGGAAGAUGACCUUUUGCUUCAGUUUGAUGUAGAAGAUCUUUAUGAGCCGGUGUCGACUCCCUUCUCAUACCCCAAUGGACUCAGUGAAAAUACAUCCAUUGUUGAAAAGUUGAAGCACAUGGAGGCGCGGGCACUGUCUGCUGAGGCUGCCCUGGCUCGAGCACGCGAGGAUCUGCAGAAGAUGAAACAAUUUGCUCAGGACUUUGUGAUGAACGUAGAUGUCAGAACCGGCUCCUCCAUGACUGCCAUUGCAGACCUGCAGGAGGAUGAGGAUGGUGUCUACUUCAGCUCCUACGGGCAUUAUGGGAUACAUGAAGAAAUGCUAAAGGACAAAGUCCGCACAGAAAGCUACAGAGAUUUCAUAUACCAAAAUCCGCAUAUCUUCAAAGAUAAGGUCGUUCUGGACGUUGGCUGUGGAACUGGGAUUCUCUCGAUGUUUGCUGCCAAAGCUGGGGCAAAGAAAGUGAUUGCAGUUGACCAGUCUGAAAUCCUCUAUCAGGCUAUGGAUAUCAUAAGACUAAAUAAACUUGAAGAUACCAUUAUACCCAUUAAAGGAAAGAUUGAAGAAGUGAGUCUCCCUGUAGAAAAGGUGGAUGUUAUUAUAUCAGAGUGGAUGGGCUAUUUUCUUCUUUUCGAGUCUAUGUUGGAUUCUGUCCUGUAUGCAAAGAGCAAAUACUUGGCGAAAGGAGGCUCGGUCUACCCUGACAUUUGCACCAUCAGCCUAGUGGCCGUGAGUGAUGUGAGCAAGCACGCUGAUAGAAUUGCCUUCUGGGACGACGUCUAUGGCUUCAACAUGUCCUGCAUGAAGAAGGCAGUUAUUCCAGAAGCUGUUGUGGAAGUUGUAGAUCAUAAGACUCUUAUUUCAGACCCUUGUGAUAUAAAGCAUAUAGAUUGCCACACUACAUGUAUCUCAGACUUGGAGUUUUCUUCAGAUUUUACUCUGAGAACCACAAAGACAGCCAUGUGCACGGCAGUCGCUGGGUACUUUGAUAUAUAUUUUGAGAAGAAUUGCCACAACAGAGUCGUGUUCUCUACGGGCCCUCAGAGCACCAAAACACACUGGAAACAGACAGUGUUUCUGCUGGAAAAGCCGUUUCCGGUGAAAGCAGGUGAAGCCUUGAAAGGAAAGAUCACAAUUCACAAGAAUAAGAAGGAUCCUCGCUCCCUCGUUGUGACCCUGACCUUGAACAGCUCAACUCAGACUUACAGUCUCCAGUGACCAUCUUGGUCUCCAGCUGCUGCAAAACCUGAAGCACACAUGACUCUCUGUCUUUAACAUGGGAUCAGGCCGUCAGUGGGAGGGGCGGACUCCAUAGUGCUGCAGCUCCUGGCUAGUAAGUGUAGAAUAGAGUAGGGAGCUCAGCAGAGGACCGUGCCCUCCUGCUGCUUCUGCUGUGGGACCCUAGUCGUAGAAGCCUGCUUGGCAGAUUAGCUGAAGGGAGCCCUCUCCUGCCAGACUGAGAGUCAUUUAAAUUAUUGGCUUACUAGCCAGGCGGUGGUGGCGCACGCCUUUAAUCCCAGCACUCGGGAGGCAGAGGCAGGUGGAUCUCUGUGAGUUCGAGGCCAGCCUGGUCUACAAGAGCUAGUUCCAGGACAGGCUCUAAAAAAGCUGCAGAGAAACCCUGUCUCGAAAAACCAAAAAAAAAAAAAAAUUAUUGGCUUACUUUUAAAACAGUAGUAAUUCUGGAUUUCUUUUAUAUAUUUGUAAGUUUCUUACUAUAUAUUUUUUUUUAAUAAUGAGCAGGACAAAGCCCUGCUUUGUUGCAGGUUUCAUUUCUGGAAGAACAGUUUUUAGUUGCAUUCUUUGCUGUAAUAUCAGGGUAUCUUAAGACCAGAGAACCAGUGGACAGGACAAAGCAGUGGCUCCUGCAGGUCCUGUUUGCAGAGGCCGAGCCUGUCCUCUCCAGCCACCUGCAGCUCAGCUAUCUCUCCUCAGCGUUCUUGAGCCAUAGAUAGCACUGCCGGGGAUUCUGACCUCAGUGCUUACCCUAGGUGUGAUGGACUCCUCUCAAGGCUGAGAUGGAUAGAUGCCUCUCAAAUGCUGCCUUUCAGACCAGGUCACACGUGCAUCUGCUAAUGUUAGAAAAUCAUGUUAUUUCGGUUGGAAGAAUGAAAAUGCUCAAUAAAAUGUCUAACUAUUGGAGAA